UAAUAUGCAUGUACAUAUAUUACAUUUUUAAAAUGUGUGUAUUAAGUCAAAAACACCAUUAAAAAAAAAAGACUAAGGAACGCCGUCCAACUGUUUUGUAGCCAAUCUAGCGGUCAAAGAUAAUUUCUUUGAGUGUGACAUACGGAUAAGAAAUAGGCCAGCUUACGAUUAAAAAUGAAUUACAUAAGUUAAGACUGUGGCAUGGUUGACAAAGACAUGGUGGUUUUGUAUUUGACAACAUAAGAUUAUAAUCUAGUUUUUGUUAUAGUCUAUUUUCACACUUAUCUAUGUCUAAAUUAUAUGUAAAAAGUAAGGAGAAAGUUAUUAAAAUGGUAGUAUAUUUUUAUUUAUUACAAAUAAAGAUGUAUGAAUCCAAAUAUAUCAAAAAACAGCCUUAGGAAUUGCAAUGAGUGUGUAUAUAGGCCCGGCUCUGAAAGGAAGCCGUAGAAGUAUGGGCUUCCAGCCCUAAAAAUAUAUAUACGAUUUUCGGUUAUUUUCAUUAUAGUCUAGUAGCAUUAUCAGGGAAGUAUGAACCCAUGCACCUAGAGUUCGAACCAUGAGUAUGUCAUUAGCAGUCUUUUAAAAAAAUAUAGCUUAUAAUCCUUAUAUAGCCUGGACCGUUACUAUGUGUACAAUGUGGUGGAUAGCAUUCAUACCUUGCAAGCGUCGGUCCAAGUUGGUGGACAGGGCUCUGGAGCACACAAAUGAUGAUCCUAAUAAGUAUAUGCAAGUAUGGAACUCAGAAUUAUUAAUACAGAGCAGAGCCGGCCUUGGCAUCACAUCGACCCCUAGGAGGCUAGGACAAAGCAGUUUUAAUCCGGAGUAGACUUAAACUUUCUACUUUGUAUUGGGCUCUUGAUGCUAGCUUUUUGCUGAUACAAUUAGUGGAAAUUUUAUUUAAAAGAAAAAGUCAACUUUUGUCUUUUUUUUUUACAUCCUUUGUCACGUCUUUAGGAUAUAUUCGAAUCUAUCUUUCAGAUUAGGAUAUAUAAUAUGAUUUAUAUAGUUUAAUUUAAAUUACUAAGUGGCCGCCAGUGGAGAGUCUGCUCCGAUGGCUUUUAAUUUUCUAAUAGUUUCUUCUUCUUUAUCUUUUAAUUUAUAAUUUCAUUCUACUUGUUUUCCUCUAAGUUUUUGGAAAUGUUUUUGUUUUUACCGACUUUUGUAAUUAUAGAAAAGCUCAUUUUACUCUGAUUUUCGUUAUAAUAGUUACACAUAUUGAUACUAAAAAAAAUUUCUUUGAAGAAGCUUCCUUAAAACAUAUUUGACCAAAGAAAAAGAUCUAUCUUUAUCUGAAUAACUUUUAUUGUAUAUAUGCAGUGAGUGACUGUAGUCCGUUGUGAUGCAAAAACAUUUCGAUUGUCAAAACACAAAACAAGAUCAUUAUGGUAUCAAUAUAUUGAUAAAAUCCAACUUAUUUUUAGCAUAGAUUUCAUCAUUGAUUUCUUUUGAACUUAAAUAGUAAAAACAGAUGAAAAUACAAAAGUUGAAAUUAAAAAUAAAUCAAAAUUUGCCACGUUUAAGUGGAACGAAAACUAUAAGAAAAUGAAAAUUAGGUGAGAUCGAUGACAGCUAAACGACUUUAAUGAUAAUUUAUUUGCCCCAACGAUAAGAUAAAUAACAUACCCCGAGUUCAUUUUACACAUACGGUAAAGCGUAGAGAGAUCGAUAGAUCAGAAAAGAUGGCAUUCGCAACCAAAUCAGUUUCUUCUUUCGCCAUCAUUUUCAUCCUCGUUUUGGUUAUCUUUGAAGUGCCGGAGAUAGAAGCGCAGGAUGACGAGUGCCUAAAAGAAUACGGCGGCGAUGUGGGUUUUAGCUUCUGUGCGCCUGAGAUAUUUCCGUCGUUUUGUUAUACAAAUUGCCGUAAGGACAAGGGCGCACUAGGUGGAACAUGCAUUUGGGGUGAUUCUGAUGUUAAAUGCUUAUGCGACUACUGCAGCGACAUACCUAAUGGCAAGAUUCUACGUGGUGGAAUUUGAAUCCUGCAUGUGUAAUCAUGGUUUGUGUAAUAAUAUACGUGGAAAAGUUCCAAGUACCAUGUAAAUGGCGAAUAUGUGAAAUAAAAAGCCCGAAGUAAUGAGGCUCCCAUGGUUUGAAGAUAUGGAUUUA